UUUCAUCGCUAGGUAACCAAAACCGGGAGACCGGCGUCUCAGAUUCCCUCUGCCUAGUCGACGACGACUUGGGCGCGCAGCAACGGGACGACCCCGGCACCCCCUGAUGAUCGCAGCGCAAAUAACGGUUUCUUACCCUCGGGACGACCGAGGCACGACGACAACGAUCGUUUGUUUGCUUCUUCGAACGGUCCUCUCAUCUCGGAACCGCCGUGUGCUCGCUCAAUAGCGCACGCACAUGCCACCAAACGCCCUCGCGGCUUCCCCCAUUCCGGUCCGAACCCUCCCAAACCGAACGACCCCCUGUUUGCAGCUGUCGCUGUUGAUACACGGCACAGUCAACCUUUCGCCUUCUUUAUUUACAACCCAUUGACGGUCGCCAAUUGUGGGAGGAUAAUGAGGAGUCGAUAAGAGACACCGCGAUCAUGACGUCGAUUCUCUGUUUAGCCCACUACUGUGACCUUCAUGGGCCAACGCCCUUGAUGGUCACCGAGGGCCUUCCUGUUCCUUGCAGUACCUGCUGUGACGAGGGGUUACUCGGCAAUGGUACGACGAGGAUUGAAAAGCCUCGCCCACGAGCGCCAACCACGGGCGCAUCUACACACGCAGCCAACAUCACAGAAGCCCUCCGGCGCAUCAACUUGAACGAACCGCAAAGAAGCUCAUCUGUUCCUGCUACGGAACAUGAGGCGCAAGCCCACCGCGCCUCCCUACGGCAAGCAGCCCAGGCAGCCGCUGCGACCACCAGUGGCUCUGCCAUCGAAACGCCACCCCAGAGCCCACGUCUUCCUCCAGGCUCCGCCGCUCAGCAGCAGAAGCCACGACAGGACUCGGGCUUCCGCAGGACUUACGAUGAAUACGUGACACGGCGCGCGGGGCCAUGCGACAAUUGCGCCCUGACUCUACCGAAGCGGCAAGAGAGCAGCAAGGACACGGGCGCGGGGUCGCGGCCUGACCGGAGCCCUACCUUGAGGACACGAGCGCCAUAUGCACGAGUGUUUACGGGGCUCGACAACAAUAUGUCGCCUUCGACAUCUCAAUCCUCGUCAUCAGUCGCGUCCGAGGACGAAUCCAACAACCGGCCACGCCCAUCGCACCGUCGAACAGGGACUGCCCUCUCAGUAACAUCACGUUCGAGCGCUAGCUCCAGCAGCGCCAACGCCAACUCGCACAUGCACUUUCUCGACUACACAUCAACCCACGAGCCUCUGGCGCCGGCGUCUUUCUCCCUCGUCCGUGCCUCCUGCUUGCGCACGCUGUCGCUCGAGACACUGCCCCGCGCCCCAGCCACAAGCCCUGCUUCAGCGGGAGCCACCAUGCCCACCCCAAAUCCUGCGCCAAACAGCCCUGCCUAUGUCACGACGCAUAGCAUAGGCUCGGCCGCCUCGGGCGGCUCGAUCUUUUUUGGCGACAAGAAGGUCGGUUACACGACCGCUUACAUCUUCCGUGUUCCGGACGUCCACGCCCGCGGUCACAAACGUGUCUACGCCUUCCUCGCGCUCAGUACCCACCCAGAGCCCACUGCUGUCAAAACCUUCACCUUCCUCUCAGCCGCCUUUCGGGAUAUGGCUUCCUGGAUACAGGAGCUCGCAGAAGCCGAAGCCGAGCGCGCCCUGGCCGAUUCGAGCGCUUCGUCAGGAAGCAGUCCAAUCGUUCCCGGUCCAGGGUACGGCAGCUUCGUCUCUGAGCCAACCGUCCCUCCCGUUUCCGGCGGCAGCAGCAGCUUCCUGAUGGGUGGCGUGGGCGGCCUGUCGCGGCGGAUGGGCAGUGGCUUUGGAGGUUCCAGCGUCGCCCUUAAGCAGCGCGGGCUGGCGGAGCUUGUCGGUCUGCCCGAUUUCUUUCUUGAGCUACAUGCCAAGUUUGUCAGGCUGUUGUUGGAGAUUGGGGUCAUGGUUGGUUCAUGAGGCAUUAGCCAACUGCGAAAACAACACCUGGAUCUGUUCACCGGGCUUGCGGCCGUCUCAGGUACGGAUUCCGCGCUGCGACCUAUUUUGUGGGAUUCUAGCUGGAAUCGGCCAGAAAACACACCCGGCAACGGCCCUUAGCAUCUGAGGAAGUCGAGCCAAGCCAAAGCAUCCAAGCCAAAGCAUCAAGUUCACAUCGUGGCGGCCACGCCGCCACCAAACCGUCAACCGAGCGGCCGACCCGGCCCACAACC